AAAGCAAAAAAAAAAAAAAAAAAGAAAAAAGAAAGAAAAAUGGCGAUGGUGGAAGUUUGAUGCGGAUGCCUGACAGCGUCGUAAAAACAACGACAAGAAGACGAAACGAAAGCGGAGAGAGAAGGCAGCUGCGCGUUAGCAUCCAACACGGCCGGUCGGCAUGUUUGAGGACGUUUUUGAAGCCUCCUGCGUAGAGGAACCUCCCGAGCCUGCGUCUGCAAGUUGGGAGGAGAGCGAGGAUGACGUCAGGCCAGAGGAUGAUGACGGCAGGCCGCAGGUUGAUGAAGGCAGGCCGGAGUCAAGCCUCAGCGUGGGCCAGUUUGUGCUGUGUCAUUGGUCGGAUGGCCUCUACUACCUGGGCAAGAUUCUCCGGCUCAGCCUGCCGAGACAGAGCUGCUUUGUCACUUUUGAGGACAACUCCAAGUUUUGGGUCCUAUGGAAGGAUAUUCAGCAUGCCGGUGUGCCGGGGGAGGAGGCUCGUUGCUCGGUGUGUCUGGAGGCAGGGCCAAGCUCUGCAGCUCAAAUGAACCAAAUCCUCAUUUGUGGAAAGUGCGGCAUAGGUUUCCACCAGAAGUGUCACGGUCCUCCUGUAGAAGGCAGCAGUGAGAUGAGUCCCUGGUUUUGUCGACGUUGUGUCUUCGCCCUGGCUGUCAGGAAAGGUGGCGCUCUGAAGAAGGGGCCCUUAGCCAAAGCUCUGUUAGCCAUGAAGCAGGUUCUGUCCUACGACCUGGACGCUCUCGAUUGGGACUCUCAGCAUCGGACCAAUCAGCAGCAGUCUUACUGCUACUGUGGAGGCCCCGGAGAGUGGUAUCUGAAGAUGCUUCAGUGUUUCCAGUGUCAGCAGUGGUUCCACGAGGCGUGCACCCAGUGUCUGCAGGAGAGCAUGGUGUUCGGAGACAGGUUCUACUUGUUCAUGUGUUGCAUCUGCAACAAAGGAUUGGAGCAUGUGCGCCGUUUGUCUCUUCGCUGGGUCGACGUGGUCCACCUGGUUCUCUACAACCUGUCACUGAGCAACAAGAAAAAGUACUUUGAGCUGGAUGAAAUUCUGGCUUUUGUGAAUACGCACUGGGAACAUUUGCAGCUUGGAAAGUUGUCAAACACUCCUCCGGCAGACAGGGGGCAGCACCUGCUCGACGCCCUCAACAAGUACAAGAGCAAGUUCCUGUGCGGGAAAGAGAUCAAAAAAAGGAAGUGCAUCUUUCGUCUACGGACUCGCGUUCCUCCCACGCCACCCUCCAAACUUUUCCCUGAGCGCGCUCACGGCGAGGCGGGGCGGGGCUGUAAGAAGACCGUUGGCCACAUCAGUACUUUAUCAGAGAGGAGGAAGAGGAAAUCCAAAUGGUUGUUUGAAGACGCCAUCCCCAAUAAUGAUCAUCACCACAUGGCCACCAUCUUUGACUUCACCCUGGACGAACUACACAAGCUCAGGAGUCGGACGUCGUGUGUUGAUCAGGACUCCAGCGACGUUUCCACAUCAGCUUCCGUCUCUACCAGCGGCUCCUUUCAACCAGCCAGACGAAAGGUGGGCAGCAGGAAGAGGAAGUUGCCGAGCUCCGCCUACAAGCAUUGGGCCAUUCGUAGCGAAGCGGGGGAGGAGGAGGAGCCUCCCGGAAGUACCGAGGAAGGCCCGUAUGCCGCCGACUCCUCCCGCUUCCUGUCCCGGCCUUCCGACGCGUCCCGCCUGCACUCGUCAAUCUCGUCGUACUUCGGCGCGUCGAACAGACUGAUGGAGGGCGAGCGUUACCACGUGCUGGCUCGCCGCGUGACCGCGGAUGGCGCCUUGCAGUACCUGCUGCAGUGGGAAGGCUCCGCACCUUACUAGAGGCGAGGUGCACACACGGCACCAACUCCGCUCGGUGCACACGGCGUGUACGGGAUGUGAACCCCCCGUUUAUCACAGGGGAUAUGUUGGACACGCUAACCCGCAAUGGGGUAAAAUCGGCAAUGAAGGCCGGAGACGAAUUUGUCUCCUUCCACGGGCUUCAAACACUUUCAAUUGACCACAUUUCACUUCAUCGUAUGAAAAAACAUGUCAUAUAGUCAAGAGAUGUUUUGUUAAAAAAAAAAAAAAAGUAUAUUCUUGAGCACUUGUUCUUUUGGCGCACAUUUCCAACUAGUCUGCAUGCUUGCUUCAAGCUGUUCAUUAGAAGUCGAUUGCAAAAAUGCUCAACCAAACGAUAUCCAAGCCUGUUUGCUUCAUGCUAACAUAUAAUGUGAAAUGCCUUCGGCGCGCUAACGGAAAUUAGUAUCGAUCUUGGCGUCGUCCUAAGGCGUGGCGGCUGAUCAUAAAUACACACAAUAUUGAAACAUCACAUUCACUGUAUUAUCUUUGUAUAAGUCGUAGUCGUCUUCGUGCAGUGUUGAAGGAGCUAUUGUACAUUUUUAUGAGAAGAUAACAUUUUAAUGAGAUAUUUAUGAUUGUAUUAUUGCCUUUUAUCAGUUAUGUACAUCGCUUUCUUAGAGCUGCGGUUGUUGUGCAGUGCUUUUGUAAAUAAAAGUUUUAAAGAAAUUA